AAGGAAAUGGUUCAUGGGGAAACAAAAUGUGCACUUACAGUUCCGCAUCGUGUAUAGCCAAUGCAGUGUUUAACAGCCAAUACAAGAUCGAUGGGCGACUUAGUGUAGAAGCUCCCACGGAUGUUUUAGACCAGAUCACGGCGGUGGCUACAGUUGAGUUUAUUUGAAGAGGUUCUCACGUUAUGACAAGAUAGCAAGCUAAGGCUGCCUGGAUGGAGAACAUUGAGGAAUCGUCGCCGUUUCGGAUCACCCCGACCGUCCAGGCUUUGGGCUCCGCAUUACGGGGAGAACAUGAAAAUCUACGCGGUCCAAACGGUCCAGCCAGCGGUGACAGGAUCAAUGGCGAGCCAGAGAAGCUUUGGUUCAAAGAAAGCAGCGCGAAGAACCUUAGAAACAGGGACUUCUUGUCGCCUACUACCGUUUUAAAUACACUGUACGCGGAGGAACAGGUCCCCCCCUCCGUAAUGAGCCGUGUCUUGUCCCUGCGGGGGCCUGGGGUGCUGCCCCUGGCCGGGGGGGAGGUCAUGGGAGAGGGACUGAGGGUGAGGGUGGACCGCCCCACUGCCUUCAGGCAGGUCCUGGCUGGGGCAGCGGACUACCUGAAGCCCUCUGGCCAGAGACAGGGUGGUGUGGUGCUCAACUGCCCCGCCCUGCAUCCCAAACCAAGUGCACCUUCCCCGGAUACGCUGACCCUGGGCCAGCUGCGCACAGUGCUGCUCACAGACCACCUGGGGGCGCUGCUGAGGAGACAGGGGUAUGCUGUCGCCUUUUGCCCUGCGCUCCCCGAAGGAAGUGACACGAUCGUCUUCCUCCGCAUGCUGGGCAUCGAUUGGCCGACGGUCCCCUCCAGCUGGACCAAUGAGGAUAGAGAGGAGAGGCUGCUGGGAGCGUUGCGGAGCAGUCCUUACAGGGACGUGGAGAGCGAGGGCCGGAGGGAGGGGCCGGGGAGGAAGGUGGAGGAGGGAGAGAACGAGAGGUCGCUGAGGGUCAACCUGAAGAGGGUGUUUCAGGAGGAGGGGUUGCUAGGAUACGACCCCAGCCUGGGCACUUGUACAAUUCAUCGAGACAGUGUGUGUCAAAUGGCCCAUCUAGACAGAGCUACUGAAGACUGCAUCUCCUCCCAGAGUCACACACAGCAAGUUUCCAUGGCGACGGUGUUGCAUGUGACUUCCUGUCAGGAUGAGUUUCGUCAGCAGCAGAUCGCCAUGCUGUGGAGAGCCAGCGGCGCCAUGGCAACGCAGAGACAUGUGGUGUGUGGUCCAGUGAAGACUCCGGGGACUCACCUCACUGCUGCCCAGUACCUCCAGUUAAGAAGAGUCCAGAUGAAAGAGGCUUCGGAGAUGAAGUACGGCGAACAGGUGGAAGGCAAGACUUGGGAUGACAUCAUCAAGGUCAUGACCUCUGCCACCAUGAGGUUUGAGCUGCUGUCGACUGUCCACACCAGCCCUGUCACGUUGGAUGUUCAGAGGGAAGGGGGCGUGUCCACCAAGGGGCCCAGGGGCGGAGUCUUUGUCAUGUAUAACUGUGCCAGGCUGCACACUCUGUUUGACUCGUACGAGAGAGGGGUGGAGAAGGGGCUUUACCCGGAGAUACCAGAGGGAUCCACCUUAGACUUCUCAUCUCUUAAAGAAGAGGGGGAGUGGUUGCUUCUGUUCAACUACUUAAUUCCGUUCUCCGAGCUCCUGGACCAAUCGGGGCAGGCGCUGGAGGGUGAAGGGGGCGUGGCCAGGGUCAACCUGAAGACUGAGCAGGUGUGUAAGUUCCUGGUCUCCCUGAGUAAAGACUUCAGCUCAUACUACAACAGAGUCCACGUGCUCGGGGAGCCGUUGCCUCACCUCUUCAACCAGAUGUUUUGUCGUCUCCAGCUGCUGCGAGCCUUGAGAGAGCUCUACCACACUGCCCUGGACACUCUGCACCUGCCCCCUAUCCCCCAGCUAUAGCCCCACCACAACUACCCCAUCUGCCCCCUAUCCCCCAGCUAUAGCCCCACCGCUACAGCCCCACCACAACUACCCCAUCUGCCCCCUAUCCCCCAGCUAUAGCCCCACCACCCCACCACGACCAGACCCUACCACAAAAUGCCCCCCGAAAAUCCCCUUGAGCACUAGAACUCCACCGUUGACCCCCCAACUGUUGUCCCAAAUGCUCCCUAUACCUCUAGUAGUGCAUAGCCCUAUAGUAUUGGUAUCCAUACCUCAAAAACCCUCUGAAGAAUUGUCCAGGAUUCUUUCCCUGAACUGUACCCCCGUCCUCCAAUUACCCCCCAAUAACACUGGUAUAUGUGAGAAACACACACAGCUGUUCCCCAUCCUCUUUCCAGAAGUCGUUCUAUCGAUGGUACCACACCCGACCCGCCUUGGAACGUUCCACAGUGCUAUUCAUUCAUGUCUGAAGCGGUACGGUUUAUUGCUGAUAUGACGUUCCAGCACACCGUUCUGAGCCCACGGUCUCACCCUGUGUCACCAGUGAGUCGGCCCCUCCACGAGUCUUACGACCCACCCUGAACGGGCUUCUGGGGCACGCGAUGCAUGUUUCCUGCUCCGGUCCUCUCCCAAGGGACCCCCAUCCGCCCGUGUAGUGACUCUCCUCACACCCCAGCCCCUUCUCUCCCUCGCCGUCAAACCGAUGGAUAGACGAAUACAUACAGAAGGUGUUUUCCUGUCGGUCACUCCGGAAGGAAAAGGGUGGCGCGUGUAGGCACGCGCCAUGGGAGCCCACCUGAGACGAUCACGCGCCGUAGGAACCUGGGGCGUCUCGCCUUCCCAAUCGCCGGGUUUGUCCUUUCCUUCUCAGGCUCGGACCACUCUAACUCUCUUCUCCUUGACCUCCCGUCUGACCCCUAACAUCCUUGAAUGGGAGAAAUGGUUUGGCUCGCCUGAUCGUAACUCUGACCAUCGGAUCAUGUGUUUUUCUCCCACCCAAGGGAGCAAAGAAGGAUGACCGUUUCCGUCAGGCUGUCCUGCAAGAUUCUGUGCCAUAUUCGGUCUAUCCAGCCUGUCUGCAUGCACGCACACGUCCCCCAUCGCCCUCAUUAUUUGUGCAUCAAAUGUAUAUUUUUAACCUACACGGUUGAACCAAUAAAUUAUUGUUGACCUGAA